AACCAAGAACGUGUAGACCUAAGGCUCUAUAUACUGUAGACCACUUUCUUUGCCUUGCUGUCACUCUGAGUCUGACUCGAACUUGGAAGAUGUGCUCAAAUUUCCUGAGAAGGGAGUGGUUGGGGGUGUAGAGUAGGUGAGCAUACAUACGCCACAAUGAGCGACAUACAGACGUGGUUCAACAGCCUGCCGCAGUUCACUCGACUGUGGUUUGGCCUGACAGUUCUGUUCACACUUGUUGGCCGAUUCGGACUGGUAUCGGCAUACUACUUAGCCCUGCUGUAUGAACCUCUCUUUAAGCAGCUUCAGAUCUGGCGGCCGGUGACGGCGCUGUUCUGGUACCCGCUCAGUCCACAGACCGGGUUCCACUUCCUGAUCAACCUCUACUUCCUCUACAACUACUCACUGCGCCUCGAGACCGGUAUUUUCGCCCGCAGUCCGGCCGACUACCUGUUCAUGCUGCUGUUCAACUGGUUCUGCUCCGUCGUGGUCGGCCUGUUUAUGAACUACCCGAUGCUGAUGGACCCCAUGGUUAUCUCGGUGCUGUACGUGUGGUGCCAGCACAACCGCGACACCAUCGUCAGCUUCUGGUUCGGCACCCAGUUCAAGGCCAUGUACCUGCCCUGGGUGUUGAUGCUCUUCAACCUCAUAAUCGCCGGAGGAGGAGCGAUGGAGCUGGCUGGCAUUCUCAUCGGUCACCUCUACUUCUUCCUUGUCUUCAAGUACCCUCAGGACUUUGGCGGGCCGACACUGCUGCGCACGCCCCAGUUCCUUUACAACUACCUGCCCAACAUCUCGGGUGGAAUGGGCGGGUUCGGCGCGCCCCCUCCGCGGCCGGGCGCCGCCAACCAGGCCGGCGGCGGCGGCGGCGGCGCGUUCCGCAACUGGGGCGCCGGCCACCGCCUGGGCCGCGAGUGAGGGUCGAGCGGGCCCGCUGCUCGUCACACCGGACGGCAGGGGCGCCGGGCGCCGGGACCGCCUGGCGGAUGGCACGUCGCGGCGACCCAGGGUAGGUGGGACGGUACCGACCCGGUCUGCUGAGCACUGGGUGGGGCAGGCGGACGGAGAGGUGGCGGGCGCCGGCCUCCAGUCGGUGUAACACGCUCCGGCGGCCGGGGGUGACCUGGUGGUGGUCGGCCAGUGAGCACUGAGCAUCCACCUACUGAUGUGUGCAAGUGGGGCAGUGUGGAGGUCCUGAAGACGGGGACGGGGAGGAGGCGGGCACUGCGCGGCUGGGGAAAUGCAGGAUGUCUGUCCCCGCCAGGUCGGGUCGGUAUUAACUAGCGUGCGGAGGUCAGAACGGCGGCAGAUGGGCGGGUGACUCUUGAAGUGAGCUCCGGCGGUGACUUGGAGGGUGAGUCGCCGGGCGGUGAGACAGGGGAAUGGCCCGGCCGCCAGUGAGUGGUGCGCUACGACCGGUCCUCCCGCCGCCGGUCCAAGCCCCGUCGGACCAGGCAUGUCCAGCGCUGGCUCCGGCCAAACAUGGCGACGAACCUGCUGUUUGUGCACACGUCUGGUUUCCAGACCAACAUAUAAACGUUGUUGUGUAUUUUAGUUCGUUUUUAUCGCACGAUGCACGAGCGCUUACCCUAAUAUUGUCGUGUGUAUGCUGCUUGCGGCUGUUUUGGUAUGCCACAAUAGGAAAAGUUCCGGUGAUGAAUCGUGACACGUCAAAUUGGUGUUCAGUCGCGUUAUAUUUCUGAUGUGAUCUCCUCUGUGCGGGCAGGUGGACAGGUGUUUGUCGGUACUCGGCUCUCUCAUAUGUGCAUAUUCUGUCAACUAAUAUCGGACGGCAUCCAGUUCCCCGAUACUGUGACGUAGUCAUGUUGCGUACGGCACCAUCAAAAAUUCAUGUCUUUUUUCGGUUUAAUGUGUAGAAGGAUUUCUGAAAAAAUGUGCAUUUUUGCUCAAGGAUUUGUCAUCUAAGCAAUUACGAUCACUUGGAUAAAUUUGGCACAUAAUGCGUUGAAUACAUUGCGUUUCUCUUGCCUUGGGUAAAAUUUGUGUGCUCGGGCUUAGCAUUUGUUAUUUUGUCAAUAUAUGACGCAUGGCUA